AUGGGGAAGGACAUAAAGUCAUUCCCACUACCCGAUAUCGAUGACACCUAUGACACAGCAAGCGGUAUCCCACGUGAGAUCUUUGAGGAGGCAAGCAUAGCUCCCAGUGUGGAUGAUGUGGCAUUGUCUGAGUCCUUGAACAGCGAGCAGAGGGCUGCAUAUGAUGAGAUCAUGGCCGCGAUUGACACGGAUGAGGGCGGCUUGUUCUUUGUGGAUGGACCUGGCUGCACUGGGAAGACUUUUCUUUACAGGGCCCUGCUCGCUAGAGUACGUAGUGAGAACAAGCUUGCUGUGGUGACAGCUACAUCUGGUGUUGCCGCCUCCAUCAUGCCUGGUGGAAGAACCGCCCACUCAUGCUUCAAAAUACCACUUACUAUUGAGGAUGGUGGAUUAUGUAGCUUCACGAAACAAAGUGGUACUGCAAAGCUGCUGCGGGGAACAUCUCUUAUAAUUUGGGAUGAGGCUACAAUGACAAAGAGGCAAGUGGUGGAGGCUCUUGACAAAAGCUUGAGAGAUAUAAUGGAUCGGCCGGAGCUGCCGUUUGGUGGGAAGACUGUUGUUUUCGGUGGAGAUUUCAGACAGGUCAUCCCUGUUGUUCGGAAGGGGUCGAGGGCUCAAAUAGUCGAUGCUUCGCUGCGGAGGUCGUACCUUUGGGAUUGGAUUCGGCAUCUAAAGUUGGUGCGCAACAUGCGGGCACAUAGCGACCCAUGGUUUGCAUAUUAUCUCUUGCGCAUUGGUGGUGGAACAGAGGAGGUAAACGGUGAUGGAGAUGUAUAUGCGUGCCUUAUACUGGAGAUGCUGAAUGAGAACAUGGCAAGUAGAGACUACAUCACUUCGAGAGCGAUUUUGUCAACAAGAAAUGAGCGGGUGGAUAUGAUUAAUAUGAAGAUGAUCAGUAGUUUUCGAGGGGACAAGAUGGUUUAUCAUAGCUUCGACUCUGCAAUUGAUGAUCCACAUAACUAUUACCCCUCGGAGUUUCUUAACACCUUGACCCCUAAUGGUUUACCUCCACAUGUGCUAAAGCUUAAGAUCGGCUGCCCAAUCAUAUUGCUUAGAAAUAUCAACCCUGCGAAUGGACUCUGCAACGGAACUAGACUGGUGGUACGAGGAUUCGCAAAGAACUCAAUCAACGCUGAAAUUGUAUUCGGCCAGUAUGCUGGAAAGCGGGUUUUUCUCCCUCGAAUACCCUUAUGCCCAUCAGAUGAUGAGAUGUUCCCAUUCCAGUUCAAGAGGAAGCAAUUUCCUAUUAGGCUCAGCUUUGCCAUGACGGUUAACAAGGCACAAGGGCAAACUAUUCCCAAUGUAGGGGUGUACUUGCCCGAACCCGUGUUCUCACAUGGUCAGUUGUAUGUUGCGCUAUCUAGAGCAACUGCCAGAUCAAACAUUAAGAUCCUCGCACUACCACGUAAUGCUGACAAAGGCGACGAGGAAGAUGAAAAGAAGGAUAAGAAGAAAUCCCAGAAGAAGGGCAAGAGAAAACAAAGGGUGAAGCAGAGGGAAAAAAUAUUGGAUAAUGAGAAGAAAAAGACACCGAUAAGAAAUGGUAUGUACACAAAGAAUAUUGUGUACAAGGAGAUUCUAUUGCUAUAA